CAUUUUAUUAGGUAACAACUAACAGUCUUUUACCAGUUCAUCUCGUCAAUCAUCUGGCUUUUUCUCGACCUAGACCGAUAGUUUAUGCUAAAUCACGCUCCGGAUGCGCACUGCGCACCCACUCUAUCGAAUUUUUGCGAUAAGCAGUUAAAUUAACAGCUUCAACUCGUUCAUUUUCUCGAGAAAAUUUCGUUCAACUGAGAAAUUCAUUUUCCCGGGAAACAAACAAACACACUCUCUCAUCUCCGAUGCGAAUCCUUUCCUCCCACCGUCGAUGACCGUCGUCGAUAUAUGCCGCCGUUCAAGUUCCCUUUCGAAUCAAACAAUGGAUCUAUGCUUCCGUAGUUUUCCCUGCCUCUCUGAUCCUGCUCAAAGGUCUUCCUCGUGCUUGAAGCUGGUCUUGCUCUUGACCCAUCUGAUUUAUGCUGGUGUUCUUUUCUUAUUUGAUGGAGAUUUGGUGGAGAAGACUAAGAAAGAACCGUGGUUCACUGCUUUAUACUUGCUGCUGUUUGUUGUUACUUUAGGACAAUACUAUGCUAUAUCUAUUUCCAACCCAGGUUAUGUCUUGGAUGUCAUGAAGAACUUAAAUAAGAGAAAUGUAGUACACACUAAGACAUCGGAAGCAUCAAAUCAACCAGCUUCAAGCAAAAAUGGGAGCAUUGUAAUUUCCAUCGAGGGGAGUCAGUCUGAAAAAGGUGUUGCUGGAAGCAAUGCAACAUAUUGGUCAAAGUUGGUGUCCGGAUUGUAUCCUCCUGGAUCAACAAUCAGAACAUGGACGUGCACCUACUGCAAUGUGGAGCAGCCUCCACGGGCAAAGCAUUGUCAUGAUUGUGACAAAUGUGUUCUUCAGUUUGAUCAUCACUGUGUUUGGCUUGGAAAUUGCAUUGGCCAGGGUAAUCAUUGCCAAUUUUGGUGGUACCUUUGUGAAGAGACGGCAGUGUGCAUCUGGACUGGUUUCUUGUAUAUUUCACACCUGACGGCUCACAUUACAAUGGUUUGGUGGCAGGAUGCCAUCAUGAUACUACUCUUGAUCGCGCUGUCAAUUUCACUUAUCUUUCUGCUUCUCCUACUGCUAUUUCAUAGUUAUCUAAUUCUAACCAAUCAGACUACCUAUGAACUUGUAAGGAGAAGACGGAUUUCUUAUCUAAGGGGAAUUCCAGAAAGAGUGCACCCUUUUAGUGAAGGAGUUUGCAGAAAUAUAUACAGCUUCUGCUGUUCAUACCGUUUUGAACCAAUACCUACACCGCAAGAGAUAGAGGAAAAGUCAAGGCAAUACACAUGCUCUGAUGUUGUAACUUGCAGGUGUUGCUGAUGGUUUAAGUUUUGUUCAAGUAGAAAGUCCUUUCGUCCAACAUUAUAUUUGUGAAUGCAGAGAGUAUGUCAAUGUAUCUGUUUGAUUAGAUGUUAACUGAGUGCAUAGAGUAUGUCAAUGUAUCUGUUUGAUUAGAUGUUAACUUUAGGAUAUUAUGGAUGCGAUCUCUCUACUUCUAUCAUUCAUUCUUUGCUAAUUUUUGAAGGUCAAUGUUUCAAGUUUAUUGUAUA